AAACACAUUCACCUUGAAAGGAGAUGAAAAAAAAAAGAGUUAUAAACUCUCUCUGUAAUUACAGAUAAGAGUAUAUUAACCAGGAGUUAUAUUUAAAACGUUAAAAUUCCAAUAAUGGAGAGAGAGUAUCAUCCAGCAGCACAUGAAGAAGUAGCAGAACAGCCACCUCAAACUCCAAGGAAGAAGAAGAAUAAGAUGAAGAACAAGAGGAGGUUUAGUGAUGAGCAAAUCAGGUUACUGGAGUCCAUUUUCGAAUCAGAGACGAAGCUCGAACCAAGAAAGAAACUGCAACUGGCAAGAGAUCUCGGGCUCCAGCCUCGCCAAGUAGCUAUAUGGUUUCAAAACAGAAGAGCUAGAUGGAAGUCAAAACAGAUAGAGCAAGAUUACAGAACACUCAGAGCUAAUUACGACAACUUAGCAUCGAGAUUUGAAUCCUUGAAGAAAGAGAAACAGACCCUAAUGUUACAGUUGCAGAGUCUAAGUAAACUGCUGGCAGAACCUCAUGACAUAAAUAAAGACAGAAAAGGUCUUGACACAGGUGGUGGUUCGGAAUAUGGAGAUACCAAGUGCGAGCCUGAAGCAGAAGCACAGCCAAGUAUCCAACAGGCAGGAGUGGAAGACAGGGGAUUCCUUGGCUUACAAAUUGAAAACGACAGAGAUAUCGAGCAUGCAGCGCAGCCAGGAGACGAAUUUAUGAGCAUGGACGGAUAUAGAAAUGACUCCCCUGCAUCACCUGAAAAAUUGUGUGGAUUUGAUUCGUCUGGUCUGUUCGAUCAUUCAUGUAGCAAUUCUCAGUGGUUAAACUUUUGGAUUUGAAAAGUGGGCUACACCUACAAAACGAAAUGUUUUCCAUGUCUGUUUGUUGGUUGUCUUGUGCCAUUAGAGUAGGCGAGAAUCAGGAAACUGAAGUGGAGGCUCCCUUACUGCCCACCAACGUCAAGCAAGCAACCAAAGCUAAAGGCUUGGAAGGCAUAGAAACUGUCCACCGAACAUGUUUGAAAAGAUCUUCUGAACAAGCAGGACUUGGCUAUCUAAUUCUCAGUCUAUGACUCGUCUCCAUGAAUUUGCUUGAACAUGAGCUAGUAAAGAGUGCAACGGGAUGCUAGCGGUUGUAACCAAUAGAUUUCUCCACUUUCUUUCUUCCUUUUUCUUUUCUCUUUUUGGAUUAUGGGACCAGAUCAACAUAUAGUACUGCAAAUAUAGCUUAGGGAUUGCUCUCGACCUGCAUAUGUGCUGCUCCUUUUUAAACACGUCUUAAUUUACAUUUCAUUAAGUCACUCA